AUACCUCAAACCCCUAAAUGCAACAAAUCAAUGCUUUGGUUUCUGAGCAAAAAAAAGAAUCUUUAAUUCUUCUUCAGUUCUUAUUUUAUUUGAUUUUUGUGCAGUAUAUACUGAUGAGGGGAAUGUGAGGAGGAAGGUCUUUCAACUCUACCAAACAAAGCCUAAGCACCAAAACUUGGGUUUUCCGUUUCCUUGAAGCUCUGCUGUUUCCUUCAUCUUUUAUCACACAAGGUUGUGAUCCUUACACUUCAUGAGACUCUAACAGUUUCGCAGCUAGGAAAUUCUCGACAUACCCAAGUGCAUAAACUCCUCCUGGGAAUUAAGGACUAUAACAACAUUAAUUAUCAACUAUCUGGGUUUUUUUUCUCGGGUAUCAAGUUGAUCUGGCUAAGUUUAAAUGGAGAAGCUUCUAAAGCCAUACGAUAAAGAGUACAUGAAGAUGGCAAUGUUAAAGCAUGAAGAAACCUUCAAAGAACAGGUGAACGAACUUCACCGCCUAUAUCAAAUCCAGAAAAUGUUAAUGAGAAACAUUGAAAGCAGCAAAUCAAAUGGACGAAAUCGAAUCGAUAUUCUUAAUCAUCAUCAUGGUAUGCAUCAAAAACCUCGGCGGCGGAAUCUUAAUUUGGAACAUCCUGCUACUGAAUAUGCAGAAUCAGAUGAAGUUGAUGUAAUGUUAGAGAUCGAAGACGAGAGCGAGAUCGAGCUAACAUUACGAUUGGGCCCAACAAGUUACGACCGGAGGAGGAGGAGGAGGGGGGGGAGGAAAGACGAGACACCACCGAUAACUUCCGAUUCAGGACAUAGCUUUUCUUCUUCUUCCUCGGGAUCCAAUUACAAAUUCAACAGAACACCUCAAAGGACAGACACAACAAGAGAAGAUCAGCAACGUCUCAGACAAGAAAGACUUAAUCAGUCUCCUUGGAUUUUCCAAGUUUUAAGUUUGAGUAUGACUUAGAAAUUACAAGGUGUUUCUUUAUUAGUUCUUGUCGACUGAUUCCAUGAUUGUUGUCUUUUGGAUUUUCUUCUACUUUCUGAUAUGUAUAUUGUGUGAU